GGUUGCCCUCUGUUGGUCAGAUGGGGAAAUGUCUAAUAAAUCCUUGAGAUGAACUUUUCUCUUGGGUAACGGUAUAGAACUGGAGAAUUCAUGAUUAAGGUAAACUUGGAUUUUUAUAUGUUGUUGAUCCGUUUAAUUGAAGAUUUGAACAAAAGAAUAUGAGAUAAUUGAUAAACGUUUGUGAUCUAUUUACAUCUGUGCUUUAAACAGCUUGAAACCUGGCACCUUUGGAUUGAACGCACCCAUUCAAGUGAUUUCAAGUGAUAAGAAAUAAUGAAACACUGUUAAUGUCAGGGUUUUAUUGUUUCCCAGAUGAACUUUGGUGUGCUAAGAUUAAUAAUUAAAUACCAAGAAUAUCUUUUCUUUGUAUGAGUCAUGGGUUAAUUUGUUGUUAAUUUACAUGAAGACCAGCGAGUUUUUGCACAAGCAUUGAGCCUAGAUAAUAGAACAAUAUUUAAUGUCAUGUAAAAAAAAACAAAAAAAAAAACACUGGUGUACUGAACAACCAGCCAAGUAGGAGCUGGCAACAACAACAUUGUGAAAACUGUGAAGAAAAACAAGUCACUGUCAUUAUGAACGAUCUCCACAGCCAGGGGUGAAGGAAUAACAAUCCACUGACUGAAAAAGACUAUCGAGGCCAAACCACAAGAUUCAAACCUCUCAUUAUUAGAUAGAAUCAGAAGGAUAGACUGAAAUUCACAACUAAGGACAGAGAUGAGCUACAGUACAAAAGUUCUGGAACCAAGUGGAACGCCAAAGUGUGGAGAAAGAAAGGAUCUGCUUAUAAUAUAAAACAUACAAACUUCUCUGUGAAACAUGAUGUCAUGGCUAGGGCAUGUGUGACUGCUAUUGAAACAGACUCUCUAGUUUUUAUUGCUUACAGUAUGGAGCUCAUGAUGGUAGCAGCAGAAUGAAUUCAGAUUUCCUCUGAAACCUUGUGACUUGUGCUCCAGCCAGAGGAUUCAGGAAAUGAACCAGCAUCAGAUUCUGGAUAGAUGAUACCUUCACAUGAGUCUUUCCCUCACAAACCUGUCUCCUUCAGUACCGCCUGCAGCUGUUGCAUGUGGAUAAGUGCGCGACGGACCUGGAGCUGCGCCAGGAAACAGAACUCUACUUCCUCCCCUUUCCUUAACCGCUACAGCAGUGCAAGAAUAAUCGGAGCCGUGAGCAGCACGACAUAACAUCUGCUGAAGGAGAUAAAACCUCUGUAUAUCUGAACGGCAGCAUUGGUGUUAGACAGGGAUGAAGCAUUUUCUAGGAGUGGUCAUGGCGCUGGUGCUCCUCAGAGUCCACGGGAGAAAGCCAAAUUACGGCAACUGCGUGGAUGACUAUUGCAUUACUGUCCAUACAGAUUUUGUGGAUUUUAAUUCAGCACAAAUGUCCUGUAAAAGUAAAGGAGGUCAUCUAAUGACUAUACGAACAAUGGCAGCAAACCAUGUCGUUUCAGAUGUGUUAACUGGACAUACUGGAGACUUUUGGAUUGGCUUAAGGUACAUGAAUGACUUCUGCUCAAAAUCAACCCAUGAUCUGAAAGGAUACACAUGGAUAACCGGAGACGAAGCAACCAAUUUCACAAACUGGAAAAAACAUGAAGAUGUCUGCUCGAAGAGAUGUGUGUCGCUCUCUAAAGAUGAUCCAAAAUGGACAGAAAGACUCUGUCAUCACGUAGUUGACGGAUAUUUGUGCGAGUACAAAAACACCGAAAAGUGCAGGCAGCUUGCAUCCGAUUCACCAGUUUUGUAUGAAACUCCUUUUGGAUUUGCCAGAGAGGACCUGCUAGAGGUGCCCACCGGGAGCAACGCAACACAGCAACAUCUGGGAACAAAAUUCAUCUGUUUCGAAGGUCAAUGGGUUAAAGCACCAUGGAAUUGUGAAGUUUAUAAAGGAGGUUGUGAGCAUGAUUGUGAAAAGGAUAACGAUUCCUUUAUUUGCACCUGCCUUCCAGGUUAUAAACUUGAAAGUAACUCAGUCCGUUGCAUGGCACACGGUGACCCGUGUGUACGAGCAAAUUGUUCUCAAGAGUGUGUAGUGAAAGGUGAUCGUUCUGUUUGUCAGUGUUGUAGUGGAUAUGAACUUCUGGAGGAUGGAAAGACCUGCAAGAAUAUUGAUAACUGUAAGAAUAAAAAUCCUUGUCCGGAUGAAAACUCCUACUGUGUCAACACGGCCAAGGGAUUCGAGUGUCACUGUAAGAAAGGCUUCAGUAUGGAAAAGGACAUGUGUGAAGAUGAUGAUGAAUGUUUUUCCGGACCAUGUGAACAUACAUGCAAUAACAUCAUAGGUAGUUAUCAUUGUGAAUGCUUAGAAGGAUACAGAGUGUCUUCAGAAGACAGACACAAAUGUACCCCGUACUGUCCGCUGUGGGAAUGUCCAGCUGUCGAAUGUGACAUUAACAAUCCUUUUCAGUGCGAGUGCCCGAAUGGCUUCGUUCUAGAAGAACGGGGCAAAGAUUUAUUUUGCGUUGAUAUAGACGAGUGUGACGCAUCAGUUUGUGAUCACAAUUGCACAAAUACUCCUGGAGGAUUUACCUGUUCAUGUAAAGAAGGAUUUCAUCUCAGCGAUAGUAUAUCUUGUGACAAAACAAAAGGAUUCAGCACAACAAAGUCUGUUAGCCCGGUUACACCUACAAGCAGUUCUCCUGCAAUCGAGACGGCUUCGUUCAUCCCAGCUGGAGGUAUUAUUGGAAUAAUUAUGUGCGCUGUCAUAUUUAUUCUUCUGAUAGUUUGUGUAAUCCAUCACCAGAAGAAGCGCUGUGGGAAAAUUACGACAGACAAAAGCCACAGCAAGGAUGUCCAUGUGUUACAGCAAGUCACGGCAGAAAAAUAUGUCAAAAAAUCAUCUAUCACAAACACUUAAAAAAAAAAGAUCAGUGUCUUUACCUCUACAUUUUACAUGUACACUUGCAGAAAUAUACCAGGACAAAUUUUUAAGACAAAAAAUGAAUGUUUCCCUGUAGAAAUGAAGAGAAAGAUUUAGCUUAAAUUUUUAUUCUAAGUAAGCUAUGCAGAUAUUCAGCUGUGACCUGUGAUGUACGUGUUUAUAUUUUUAUUUAAACGCCUAUAUGUAAAAAUAUAGAAGACUAUAAGAAAAUGUCUAGAAUAUUUAUAUAAAAUAUAGAAUAUUAAGAAAAUACUCAUCAAAAAUGUAAUAAACAAUUCUUUUGUAUCCAUCCUUUGAUGGAUACAAAACCAACGCUGUUGGUUCUUUCUGAUGUUCGUGGGAGUUUAUUAUUAAAGUCCUUACAUUAACGGGCAUAAUUAUAAAAGAAGAUAAAAUAAAAAAUUCAAAUAAUGUGACUUGUAAAUGCUUAUUAUUCAGAUCCUGUGCACUUUAACCAUUUUUACACUAUGCUGGCUUUUCAUUCUGCCCCGGCGGAACAGAGAUGGACUUCUGGGACCUUUUCAAUCAGUAAAAAUAAACGAAUGAUGUUCUGUCUCUGAGGCUGAUCUAAAAUGAAUCAGGACUCUAUUGUCA